AUGGCAUCUGCUCAGCAAGUGAGGCCUUCGCAGGCUGCUCAGCUUUUGCCCGCUGAGGUUAGCACCGAGCAACAGUCCCUCGUCGUUGUAAAGAGGCUUCUGGCCAUUGCUGUUUCAGGCAUCACAUACCUCAGGGGAAUAUUCCCAGGGAGAGCCUAUGGGAGCAAAUAUGUGGAAGAUCAGCAAGUGAUGAUCCUAAAAGGAGACAGUGACUGUCCAGGUGCUUUUCAGAUAACUAAAUGGAUUCAGGGAUGCUUUGAUGCCAUCCAGAAGAGAUAUCUGCGGUCUGUUAUAAUGUCUGUUUAUACAGACCCAAAGAACCCCCAGAUAUUGACUGAGUGUUACCAGUUUAGGAUCCAGUACACCACAGAUGGAGUGCACAUGGAUUUUGAAAGCAACAGCAACCAAAAGUUGUCAACAGUGUCGUGUGGAAACCCCAAGAGAGCCAGCAUUUUGCUGGUGAGGAAGCUUUACACUCUGAUGCAGAAUCUGGAGCCGCUGCCGGAAAACGUCUGCCUCAACAUGAAGCUGUCCUACUACGAUGAUGUCACUCCUCCUGACUACCAGCCUCCAGGCUUUAUGGAGGCCGAGGGCGAUGUAAUAGAGUUUGAGCAGGAACCAGUCAAACUGGUCAUGGGAGAGGUGGCCACCCCAUUUCACAGCGUUAAGUUUGACAUGGUCACAGAGAAGCAUAGACUGGAGCAGGUCGAGAAGAGCGUCUCUGCGAACGAGAAGUGGGUGAUGACCAUUGAGGAGCCCGAUGUCAUAACACAGGGUGCCGUUCCCAAACAAGUGGAGAAAGCUGACAGCAAGAACACAGACCUGGACAACACCGAGAUCCAGCCGAGCUGUGAUGAGAAGGAUGGGACCUGUGAGGAAAUCACAGAGAUGGACACUCUGGUGAAGAAAACCUCUGACAUGGACGUGGGCCAGAAGAGGACCAGGAGUGGGCGGAUAAUAAAGUCCACAACGAAAACAGACCUGACUGUGGACAGCAAGCCGGCAGCAACACCGAAGGAAAAGACGGUUUCUCAGUAUGACAUCACCAACAGCCAGGAAUCAUCAGCCUCCGUACCCAAGAAGAAGCGCAAAUUCAGCGAGCCUAAAGAUCAUUGAUGACCUCGCUGGUCCGAAACCAGCGACUUUGUUGAUGUGGGCUCAUGCGUCUGGGAUACCUUUAAGUUACGCAGUUAUUGUUUUUAGAAGAAAAGUUCACGUUUGUUCUGCAGAGCAGUUUAACGUUACGUUCAGUUU